AUGGAAGAGUUGAAAGUGGAAGAUCAGCACCACGACCAGAGGCGGGUGAGUUGUCGAGUGUUCUCGGACUACAAGAGCAUGGCGUGGAAGAACGGCCUUGGCCAGUCCGUCGAGCUCGCUGUGGUCCCGCCCGGUUGCGACUUCACCGUCACACCCUUUAUGUGGCGUGUGUCGCUGACCGAAGUAGUGGGCUCCACCACCUUCUCCCUCUUCCAUUCCUACGACCGCAUUCUGCUUCGCGUGGAGGGUGAAGAGGAUGUGCGGCUGAAGCACAACUUCGCGGCCAAGGUGGAAACCUUCCCGCCCUUCACGCCCCACAAGUUCAAGGGCGAGUGGCACACCGAGUGCCUCGUGACAAGCCAUCAGAAGGUGGUCGACAUGAACGUCAUAUUCGAGCGCCAGCAGGUCAAGGCCAGCGUCAAGGCGCUCGAGGCGAUCGAGGGCGUGCCCAUCCACCACACCAUCACCUCCAAGGGCACCACGCUCGUCUACUCGUACAACGGCACCGUCGACAUCACCUCGGCCGACCUCUCCGACGCGGCCGGCGGCGACCGGUUCACGGCCAAGGCGGGCGAGACCUUCGAGGUCUGCUCCAUCGAGGACCGCAGCAUCCAGCUGCAGUUCGAGGCUCACCCCGGGGCUGCUGGCAAGCUGGUGGUAAUUACCCUCACCCCGCGGACGAACAUCGACAUCGAGUUUGACUCGGGAGCCUCGUACGACAGCUCUGCCGUGUGGAAGGUCUGGCACGCCGAUGACGAAGAAGAAGCGCCCGUGCCGGCCACUUCGCCCCUGAAAGCGUCCCCGCUCAAGUCCUCCAAACCACACCACAGCCUGGGAGCGCGUCUGCAGCGGAGCGGCUCCGUGUUGUUCGAACACACGGGUCCGGCCCAGGUGUACAAGCCCCCGAGGCUACGCACGCGCUUCGAAGCCGAAGUCCCUCCUCCCAUCGUGGCCGACGCGCUCCGCGUUGACGACUUCCCCAAGGGCGAGGUGCGCACGGCGUGGAUCAACAUGGUGCGCAGCCCGCUCGGCGAAUGGAUUCGCGUGCCCGUGCUGGUCGCCCGCGGUGUCGAGGACGGCCCAACGCUCGGUCUCACGGCGGCGGUGCAUGGCAAUGAGCUCAACGGAGUGCCGUGCAUCCAUAAGAUCAUCAACACCAUCAACGUGCGCAAGCUCAAGGGGGCGGUGGUCGGCGUGCCCUGCGUGAACAUCGCGGGCUACCUCCGUAUGCAGCGUGGCUGGAGCGACGGCGUCGACCUCAACCGCCAUUUCCCUGGCAAGGAGCGCGGCCUCUCGUCGGAGGUGUUCUGUAACGCCGUGAUGCAAAGGAUCGUGAAGGGUAACUUUAACUAUCUCAUCGACUUGCACACGGCGUCGUUUGGGCGUAUCAACUCGUACUAUGUGCGCGCGGACCUGAACGAUUCCGACGUCAACGCGCUGGCCACGCUGCUCAAGCCCCAGAUCAUCCUCCACGACGCCGGCCACGGCGGCACCCUGCGCGGCGCCGCCACCAAGCUCGGCAUCAAGGCCAUCACCGUCGAGAUCGGCAACCCGCAGCUCCUGCAGAAUCAAUUCAUCCAAUGGACGUCGGCGGGCAUUCUCAACGUGCUCGACCACUUCAACAUGUACUCGAGGACCCUGGAAGAGAAGGAGGACGAUGCGCCGACGUCGGCGGUGGUGUGCAAGCACGGGUACUGGACCUACACGACCAACGGGGGCAUCCUCGAGGUCUAUCCGGGCGUCAACACCCUCAUCAAGAAGGGCGAUCUCGUCGCCCGCAUGCGUAACAUCUUCGGCAACUUUGUGGAGGAGUACUUCUCGGAGGAGGACGGUAUCGUGAUCGGCCGCAGCUCCAACCCGGUGGCGUCGACCGGCGACCGCAUCCUGCACGUGGGCAUCCUGCACGACCCGUCCGAGCCCCUGCCCCAGGCCAGCCACGAGAACUACUGA